GUUUCUCAAAUUCAAAAUCUCGCGUGAGCUCCUCCAAGUUCUCGCAUCCACUGGUACGUUCAAAAGGUAUAGUGUGAACAGUAAAGUCGAAAAACGGAAUAUGGAAAAAAUGGCUUCAGUUUCUGGUAUAAGGACCCUUAUUCGUAUCCAUCAUUCGCUCAUUCUGCAGAAGAGCUUUAGGCAUUCACUGCUACAGCUAGCAUCAACCUGCAUCACCUCGAGGCAUUGCAGUGGCAGUAAUGACCCAUCGUUGCCAUCAGACACAGAGAAUAAAUCUCUGCUGGAGAACCUAUCUGUGUUGGGAGUGGACAUAAAAAUGGCACGCCAGCGUCAACCAGGUGUUCUUCGAAAGUCCUUCACAAACGAGAUAUGCCUCGCUCAAUUCCUGCAAGAAAAAGGCGCCAGCCGCAAAGUUAUUGCCAGCAUCGUGUCCCGUUAUCCCCGCGCCAUCACGCGGUCACUUGAUCACUUGGAGGAACGCUGGCAGCUGUGGAGAAACGUUUUCAACACAGACGCUGAGAUCGUGAGCAUCCUGGACCGCUCACCCGAGUCUUUUUUCCGUUCUAGUGACAACGAUGACUUGAAGAAGAACAUCGCUUUCUUGAUCUCAUUGGGAUUAAACUCCAAGGACCUUCGUCGGCUACUGACCACAGCGCCGAGGACGUUCUCCAACACCCUGGAGCUGAACAAACAGAUGGUGGAGUUUCUUGAAGACAUCUGUCUGGAGCUGGGUGGAAAAAAUCCUGAACAAUUUGCUACAAGUAUAAUAUCUAAAAACGUGUAUCUUCUAAUCAAAAGUACUAAGAGAGUCGGGACCAACAUUAACAAUCUGAAAACCUCUCUGACGUUAAGUGAUGCCGAACUGCUAGCACUUCUGCAGGGAAAAGGAGUAGACAUUUUGGUCCUUUCCAACGACUGUCUGAAGAAAAACAUCCACAGCCUUGAGAAGAAGAUGUCCGUGCUAGGCCUCAAAGAAAGCGACGUGAAAAAUCUAGUAUUAAACUACCCCAACAUUCUAUACAUCGGCGCAGACACUCUGAACUCCAAGCUGGACUGUCUUCUAAAAGGAGGAAUAACAAUAAAGCAGAUUUUGGAGAAGCCAAAAGUCCUGGACUACAGCAUCCAGAACAUCACAGAGCGACUGAAGGAGCUGCAGAGAGUUGGAUAUGACUUUGAGAAAAAUGGGAUCAACAUCCUGGACUCCAGCAAGAAACGAUUUGUAGCAAAGAUAGAAAAACUUUCUGGAGUUUCUGAGGAGUGAAUGCAGCAGAUUUUACUGUGAUAAAAUAUAAAAGAUACCCAUCCAUGUACAGCUACAUUUAUCUGCACCCCUAGUAAAGAUAUGUAAAAAGUCUUGUGUAUAGUAGGAUAAUUUUACACAUACAAAAAAAAUAAAAAUUCAGUCUCUAAUAUCAGUCCAUUAAAUUUUGGGAUAAAGAAAAUGUUAAGAAAUAAUUAUUUUAACAGCUCCUUUAAAUGUAAAAGUAAUCAUAGCAAUGUCUGUAUUUUUAUAAGUUGAUCAAAUAUUUUAAAGAUGAUGGUGAAAGACCUAGAAUCAAAUUCAAGGCUAAUUUUUAGCACAGCAAAAAGUGACCAAGAUGUUUUAAUUGUUUUUUUGUAAUUGGGUUUUAUAAUAACCACCCAGGAUCCAAAAUAACGAAGAAAUGUUUCACCAUACACAGAAUGCACCUUUAUCCAAAGUCGUCUCAGUCCCCAAAUCUAAAUCCUAAACAAACAAACAAAAAACUACCUGGGAUGCUCCUAAAUGUGGGGUUCUAAGCAUUUUAUCUGUUAUCCAGUGACACAUUUCUUUAUUUGAUGCAUUUUAUUGCAUUAUUGCUCUGUAUUCAAUAGGGUUUUAAUGAUUAUUCUGAAACAUUACAUCCAUAAUUUAACGUGUGAGUCAUUCUUUGCCUCUUUAACAGUCAUUUCUGAUUGUAAAAGGGAGGUUGCCAUGUUUGACAGGUCAACGCUCCCUCAAAGAUUCAGUUAAUUCCAACACACCACUGUUGUAAUGAUCUGUACACACAUAAGAAUCUCUCACAAGUGGAUAUUUUUGACUUUGCCCAAAGAAACGUAUAAUUUCUGUAGCUUUAUUUAAAUCGUUUCAGGUGCCUUUUGCUGUUGACUCACAAACAAAAUAAAGUAAUUCUUAACAAUUGA